AGUUGGAAGCGUGCAGAUGGUCUGCGUUUGACCGGCGUCUGAUUUGUGUUGAUUUGCAGUGCUAUUAGAUGAGAAAAGUGAAAAAAUAGUGAUGUGAAGAAGAAAAUUAUCUCCUCGAAAGUCGUUGUAAUUGGUUGGUAAAGUGACUUGACUAGAUGAUUCGUGUCACGACGUGAAUUUCACGACGUUAGGUAUUUUGCAUAGAAGGAGCGCCAAAGUGAAGAAGUAGUGGUUCAUGUUCAUAGACAGUUUCUGUUCCUCUCAUGAAGUAAGGGGUGGGAAAGGGAGGAAGUAGUGCGAAGAAGGUUUUUCAUUUUUUUUUGUAUCGUUGGUCUGUGCUUCGCCUUGUGCAAAAAAGAGAGAGAAGCGCUCGGAUUCUCCUGCAUAUGCAUCAGCAGUAGGGCACUAGUGGUGAAAAGUAGCAAAAAUAACAACAAGAAUUACUACGAACGGUGAGCGCGAGAGCGUGUCCAACAAGAGAACUUGGCUCGUGGUAGCGUGAGAGAGUGGCGGUGUGAAUCUUCGUGCGUUUGGCUAAUCAACAGCAGAACGUCGAAUCUCGUGAGCAAGGAGAGAAACAGGUUGCCAAAAAUACCGCCCGUUUUGCGUAUUGUGUACAAAGAAGAAAAGAGAUUUCCGAGGUGCGCGCGUAAAUCGGCGCUAGGGAUCAGCCGAGAAGGGUGUUGUUUCAUUCAUGGAAGGACAAACGUUAAUUUUGCCGGAUGGAGGAGGAGAUGAAGGGGGAGGAGGUGGUGGCACGGAAGAAUUGCGCGCUUUCGCUUCCGUUGGGGAAGAUGAAGGCAGAAGCAAAUCCACCGGGAAGGGUCAACCCGGUCAGCCUCCAUUGCAAUCUCAUAGUGGUAAUAAGAAACAACAGAACAAGCAUUUCUCGCGGCAGCAGAACAAGAGUAAAAAGUGGAAAAUGAACAAAUUUAGGCGCAAUCAAAAGGAUGGCAUUGGUGGUGGGAAGAAGAAGGACCAAGCAAAAGGAUUGGAUUGUGUUUUAGCCGGAGGGAAAGGGGAUGAAAAACAAAACCUGUCCGGGACGAACACGGAAUCCAAACAGCAACAAGGGAAGAACAAACACUUGAACAAGAAUAGCAAUAGUCUGAUGCUAGCGAGAACGAAACGAUUGCAAUCGGUUUCGAAGUUCUUCCUUCCGGAUAAACGUCCUAGGAAGGACUGCAUUAUUCCUCCGACGAAGUUUCUGCUUGGUGGAAACAUAUCGGAUCCGUUGAAUUUAAACAGUUUGCAGAAUGAAUCGGAGAAUGCAGUAACCCCUAAAUCGUCACCCAUUCCGACUCCUCCGCAUUAUAAGAAUAAGAUCGAAGUCAUCAUUCCGCCAAACAUUAAUGAUCCGCUGCAUCUGUUGGAUCCGGUUGAUUCUGUUGAGUAUGAAAUGCAACUGUGCUCACCAAUGAAGAAGAAGCAGAGGGCCCGGAAUAAGCGGAAGCGUAAGUCCAAAUCUGACAAGAACAACCAAAGUUUGGAUAGUAGUACUGGAAAUGCUGGGGUUCAACUUGGCACCAGCGUUUCCGAAGCGGAAGCAACUACAGCCGAAGAAGCUCAAAUGGAAGCGCCUGGAUGCACUGGAAAAAUCACAGAACCACCUCUGGAAGGUGGAAAUACCGGAGAUCGAGAUAAGGCCACCCGUUGCUUGCGACUGGAUUUGGAGAUUUGCAGAAAGCGACGGAUUAGUGAAACCACUUGUGCUAGUAAGAAUAAGGUGCGUAGAAUGGAUUCGAUGGAUAAGAUUGUUAGUCCGGUAAUCCCUCAACCAGGCGCUUGGAAGCGUGGACAUUGGCCGACUUUGCCCGUUGGCGGACGAAACCGUACUCGAACACAAUCAUGUACUUCCAACAGUGAUGAACCUCCUGCAAAGCUCGCAGCCCCUGAUGGGGAAGUGACUACGGAAACACCUCAACCUGCGGAACCACCGGUAGUGCAGGCUAAAAGUUCAGAACCAUUGGUCGAACCAACUCCGAAUAAAGCUGAGAAAGAGGCUAAAAGUAAGCCGCAGGAAGAUACCAAAUAUCACUACGGUAAUUACGAUCGAUACUACGGGUAUCGUAAUCUGAACGAGUUUAUCGACGUUCGAUUGAAAGUAUUCUUACGCAAUCCGUACCUAUUUCGCGAUAAGGACGUUCUCGAUAUUGGAUGCAACGUAGGGCUGAUGACAAUUGCGGUGGCAAAAAUGUUGCACACUAAAAGCAUCACUGGUAUCGAUAUCGAUGGUAAACUAAUAGCCAAAGCAAGGCGAAACCUAACGACGCACGUCAGAAUUCCGCCAGAGGAACCAAAAUCCACAGAAGAAGGGAAGCCGGUUGCCGAGAAGAGGAAAAGGAAGGUGUCCAAAAAGUUGUCGUCUGAGGAAGAAAAGCUGCCAGCUAAAGAAGAAAGCAGUGCCGAGGUGAAGAAGGAACCAGAUGAUCAACCGACGGCGGAGACUUCAUCCAAAGGUGGUUCCGCUACAAAGAAGGGGCCACAGUCGAUCCGCAGGAGAUUUUCCGGGCGCCAUGGGCAUGGAAAACACCACCACCAUCAUCAGUAUCACCAUCAUCAGAAGAAAGAUCCCAAGAAAGGACGUUCGGAAUUCUUUCCGAUUUCGUUCCCGCUAUCGCUUGGCAAUGUCGGUGCCAAGGAGUGUCGAUUGACCAUGGCCGCAUCGGAUAACAAGUUUCCGAAUAAUGUUAUCUUCAAAACGAUGAACUACGUACUCAAGGACGAGUCACUUAUAAACUACGAUACUCAACAGUAUGAUCUGAUUAUGUGCUUGUCGGUUACCAAGUGGAUUCAUUUGAACUUUGGGGACACCGGCCUGAAGACGGCAUUCAAGCGUAUGUUCAACCAUCUGCGUCCGGGUGGAAAAUUGAUCCUCGAAGCACAAAAUUGGGCAAGCUACAAAAAGAAGAAGAAGCUGACGGAUACAAUUUGCGAAAACUACAAAAACAUUGAGUUUUUCCCGAACAGAUUUCAUGAUUAUUUACUAAGUCCCGAGGUUGGUUUCAGUCACAGUUACCCACUGGGUAUCCCUAGGCACCUGAGCAAGGGUUUUCGGAGACCGAUUCAGCUAUACGUAAAGGGUGACUUUACCCCGAGUCAGGCUCAGUGGAGUGACACAUACCAUCCACAGACGCCAUACGUCAAUCACCACAAUAUCUACACAGACAUAACCACCCCGACGCAGAACCACUGCAUCUGGGGCUCGACAACACCGUAUCAACCGAGCUAUAGCACCCGUUGUACACCGUCGCACAGUUUCAUGGCCACGUCACCAUAUUACAAUCCAAGGCAAACGGACAGCUACCGGCCAAGCUACGAUGCGGGCAAUCGUCGUGGUAGCUACUGUUUCGCUUCGCCGCUCUACUCCACGACCUGGUCGCCACCGUCGGAUCUGCGAAAUCGUCGAUCCGCUUCCAGCACGCCCAAUUCGGCCAGUAUUAGAAGCGCAGAAAACGACGAACAAUACGCACAACAGCAUCGCCCACAUGUAUAUCCUCCCAUGGAGGUUUUUUCUUUGGAAUCGGCCGGACGAUCGAUUGUACCCGGUUCGGCCAGCGUACGGCAAACAGAUUCCGAUUCGGAACCAUCGUCAAAUUCGGCACCACAAACCCCGACUCGCUCGCAGUACGAUGUGGACCAAUCGUCAAAUUCACCCAGCACUACGCACUCCCAACCGGACAAGUAGACAAGUGUACCUUUAUUUACUACAGGUUUCAGUUUUUUUUAUAAUACGUUGUUGAAAUAUUUUCCAUAUGCUGUGAUUAAAAUGGAUUUUCUCAAAUUUGGCAAAUAUUAACGAAAUUUCACAGAAUAACCAACAGUUGCUUCGAAACUAGUCCGUUUGCUUCGUGGAACUUAUUUUUCUGGUAUCACGGAAAAUACAGCAUCUAGUGUAGAUUAAAAGUUGCCCACAAAACAAUAGUUGUCUUCUAGCUGAUGCAUCUCAAAUCAUUUGCUUUUAGGAUAGGAACGAGGAGUAGUUGUUGUAUAUAGUUGAUAAGAGGAUAAAUCUUAGGUAUUUGUCGAUGAAUAACGAUAAAUGAAGUAC